AGGUGACAUUUCAAUGGGCGAAAUAUAUCUGUGGAUGUAGUUAACGCUGUCGGUCGUCGAGGGAUUGUCUAUAAAAUUGCUGCUUUUGUCUGUUCGAGACAACCUUUUGAAGAAUUGUUUGUCUAAUUCUUUCACAGUGAGCCUUAGUUAUUUAAUGAUGUCUGGGAAAGAUUCAAGAGCGCAGCAGUUUUCCAACCCAGAGACACCGGGCUAUGUUGGCUUUGCCAACCUGCCCAAUCAGGUCCAUCGGAAAUCCGUCAAGAAAGGAUUUGAGUUCACGCUUAUGGUUGUUGGUGAGUCUGGUCUCGGGAAAUCCACACUGAUCAACAGCCUGUUCCUCACAGAUCUCUACCCAGAGAGGCAUAUACCAAGUGCAUCAGAGAAAAUUGAUAAAACAGUGAGCAUCGAUGCGUCGACCGUUGAGAUUGAGGAGCGAGGCGUGAAGCUGAGGCUGACUGUCGUGGAUACUCCAGGCUACGGAGAUGCCAUCAAUAAUAACGACUGUUUUGAUCCGAUUCUUCACUACAUUGAUGAUCAAUACGAGCGUUACCUGAAUGACGAGAGUGGCUUGAAUCGUCGUAACAUCAUCGAUAACAGAGUCCACUGCUGCUUCUAUUUCAUCUCCCCGACUGGACACGGGCUGAAACCCCUGGAUGCUCAGUUCAUGAAGGCGCUACACAGCAAAGUCAACAUCGUUCCAGUCAUUGCUAAGGCCGAUACACUCACUAGGAAGGAGAUUAUGGCUCUAAAAUCCAAGAUCAUGAGUGAGAUUGAGGACAAUCACAUCAGGAUCUAUCAGAUGCCGGACUCCGACUCGGAUGAGGAUGAAGACUUCAAAGAGCAGAACAAGCAACUCAAGGCUGGAGUGCCUUUUGCUGUUUGCGGCUCCAGUCAGAUGAUCGAGGUCAAAGGUCGCAAAGUGCGAGGGAGGCUCUACCCAUGGGGUGUAGUAGAAGUUGAGAAUCCGGACCACUGUGAUUUCAUCAAGCUCCGUAGUAUGCUCAUCACCCACAUGCAAGACCUGCAAGAAGUCACCCACGAGGUGCACUACGAGAACUUCCGCUCGGAGAAGCUGGCCCGAAGCGGGGGCGGGGAAAAGGAAGUGCGCGGUGGGAGGCCAUCCCAGCGCGCUCCCCCACCACCAAGAGAUGAUACUUCUGAAAAGGACCAAAUGCUCCAAGAGAAAGAGAACGAGUUGAAACGGAUGCAUGAGAUGUUGGCUAAGAUGCAGGCCCAGAUGCAGGCCCAGCAAGGAGCGGCCAAUGCUGAUGUCUGAGAUGGAUGGACCAAAUCACAGACAGUUUCAACGGACCCUCGAAUGUGGAUUUCUACAGCUCAAUAUGCAAGUAAAAAACAAAGUGAAGAGCAGUCGGCAAGUGUUCAUCGUAGAUCAUUCAUCUUCCGAAGUAAAUCCAGGAACAAAAAUUGUACAACAGGUCCUUUGUAGUAUUCAGGGGCCAAAUUCAUAGUGCCGCUGAAUGAUAAGGAGAACAAUUCUGCUCUUUAUAGCAGAAAAAGUGUGUUAAUCUUCGUUCUUUUUCUCGGUGUCAAUAUAACCCUCAUGUGUAUAGAGAUUUCUACCAUUGCCUCCCCGUUUUAUGCAAAUUCUUUUGAAGUUAGCACUUUUUUCUGUGCUUACUGCUUACACCAUCCUUGAAAUGGAUGGCGGCUCGGUUAGCAGAACAUUUUUCGCUUAUCUCCAUGAGACUGGUCCAGAUCUGUAGAAUAUCUCCGAAUACAGACGGGUCAUUCUACAAAUAUAGGGUCUACUUUUUCCUGUCCCUGUUACAUCUGACAUCUAUGAUUUUAUAAUUCUGAUGCACUCCUUAAUGCAGUCAUCCUCCAUGAGUGAUUACGAAUAGCAAAAUACCUACCCAACAAAUGAACAAUCUUUUAAAGUUCUUAAUGAUAUUUGAAUGGUAAAGCACAAAGUACCAAGGUAACAGGGACAGGAAAAAUGUCAGACUUUGGACCCUAAAUUUAUAGAAUGACAUGUACGUGUAACUUUUUGACAAACUUUAUGUGCCUCUCAAUGUGUAGGAAUGCGUUGUCGUAGAAACUUGUUGUCAUAGUAUCUAAAAAAAUUAUGUAGCUGUCUGUGUAUUACAGUACUGUGACUGUAAGCUUUUGUUUUAGAAAAAAAAAAAAAUUUAAUCACGGUUUUUGUAUUCCGUAAUAUUUUAUACUUUUCUGUUAUUAACAUCCUGAAAUGUAACCAUGGUUUUUUUUCCCUGCGCAAUAAUCACUCCCAGAUUUGAAUUUAAUAGUCUACCCAGUCAUUAAAUUACUUUGGCUGUUAAUUCAAUAUUAUAAGUGGCGUGUGCUAAUUUUCAAGUACCCAAAUUGUUAAAAUAAAAUUUUUGGUGUGAUGUAUUUCAUCUUAUCUUGUACAUUGCAAUAGCCGCUUGCAGAUUUGGUGAUUAAGUAUGCCAAACAGCCUGCAUAUUGACCUCAAGAUUCUGACCAUUCAGCAGGCCCCUUCUAUCAGGUCUUCGGUAACCCGUUGUUGAAUUUCUGCUAGAAACGACGUCACAGUUUGUAAAGUCGACUCCGAUUGGCUGGCGCGCGGAGUCGAAAUUUUUUUGCAUUGCACAGAUAAUUAUAUCCGUUGAACAACGAACAAUAUCCGGACAAUUUAAAAUGCACUGCACAAAAAAAGAGGCUUUAAUUUUAUUGGUUUCACGAUUAUAACAUUUUUUCCUGGAUAGAAUAGAUAAUGGAACUAAUUAUAAUAAUGGUCAUAUUUUAAUCUUAAUUGCUUAAACUUUGUAUCAUACUGUGUCUUUUGCCAUUUAUUUAUUGGUGCUAGUAUUUGUUUCAAAACGUCCCAUGUCAUUGUAGCGACAAAGCAUAUAGCAGGGUAUUUAUUUUGCAUAUAGACUCAAAACCUGACAUUUUGAAUCAUGUUGGUUUGUGCAUUUACAUGAACUAAAAUUCCUGAUGGUUCCCAGCAGUUCAUGAAACAAAAUUGCCUGACUUUUCCGUGAUAUUUCCUGGGGAAAUUUCCAAAAAAUCCAUGAGAAAUAUGUUCACUUUAGCGAGGUUGCUGAAAAGUCAAGAGCUGGUGUAGCAAAGCCAAAUGUUAUUAUCUGGAGAGGUGUGUACGCUGCAUAAACACUAAAUAGCCUCCAUAGCCAGUCAGUCAACAGACACAACUUGGACACAUGGCACAAGAUGCACAUAACACCAAACUGGCAAAAAAACUUUCACUUCUGUGUCACUUUCAAAUUCCCCGAUUUUUCCCCUGACAGGAAAAAUAACUAAUUUCAAGGUUUUCCCUGAUUUCCAGAGUGACGGGGACCCCAAGUCCCACACGAGCUGAAAAUCAUUUCCAAAAAGGUGUAAAAAAAAAACUCUACAGUUUUCUUACCUUUGGUACUGCACAAACGUAUGCUGUAUUCAUUAUCUUAAUCUUCAUUAAUCUUCUGUAAAAAUGUUUCAAUCAAAAUGAUUUGAAAAGUGUCCGACUGCACAACUGCUCACAAACUUGGAUCAGUGAUUCUAAGCUCCAGAAAAGAUCGUAUUAUGGAGAUGAAUGAAUAUUAGUCUGUUAUGAGUCGGAAAUGGAGGAAAAAUGAAAACAAACAAAAUAUCUUUCACGCAAGGUCAUGAACUAAACAUGCAUAUCAUGUAUUUGGGAAAACAUGCAGUUCAAUCCGUGAGAAACAAUUCCUUUAUCUGAUCGAGUCACAUUUUUUUGUUGAAAUUGCUACAAUUCCUCAUCUAAUCUUGCAUCAAAUAUUAUUUCAUUUGAUAUAUGUAAUGUAACUGUGCUAUUGUCAUGUAGAGAUAACAACUUUCAAUGUUAGCAUCAGCAUAUACUAAAUAAACCUAAAAUGAUUUUUAAAAAGUCAGAAA